AUGGCUUAUAAUUUUACUUAUCUAGGGUUCAUAUACGCUUAUUCUAUAAUACGGAGAUCGACAGGGCCAAGUUUAUCUAAUUAUGAAUUAAGUAAUUUAGAAAAGCGGAUGAAUGGUGUUGUUGUGAACGAUUACGUGAGAGCUCGAGCAGCCUUACCACAAGUUGACAAUCAACCACAAAGUAACACUAACAGCUCACCUGAAUCAUCCGAUAAAUCAAUAGACAACUCGAAAACUGAUAAAACAACCGAUAAUAAACAAACUGAUAAUAAUUCAAAUAAAUCAAAUGAAAAAAGUUCAUCUAAUAACCCAUCACCUCCCGUCGAUAUUCCACCACCAAUUGACAUGCCGAUAUCAACAGACAAUUCGCAGCAUGACAGCAAUCCACAAUCUAAUACCAAGCCACAGCCUGAUACCAAUCCACAGCCAGACACCAAUCCACAACCUAAAAACGAUCCACUACCUGACACCACCAAUUCAAAACCUGACACCACCAAUUCAAAACCUGACACCACUAAUCCACAAUCUGACACUAAUCCACAAUCAGACACUAAACCACAAUCAGACACUAAACCACAGUCUGAUACCAAUCAACAACCUGACAGCCAACACAAUACACCAACUGAUAAUGGCAACUCGACUACCCCCGACGUGCCUAACAUCCCAAUGCCCAACGUGCCAGUUUCUAAUGAUACGACACCUUCUAAUGAUAAUCCAAAUUCAGUUCCUGUGCCAAACAUACCAAUAUCUACUGAUGCACCAGAUCCUAAUUCACAACCGAUACGUGCUGUCUCACAAGUUCCAGAUCAGCCAGCUCAGCCCUCACCAGCACCAGAUCAGCAACCAGCUCAGCCCUCACCAGCGCAGCAGCCAGAUCAGCCGCCAGCUCAGCCCUCACCAGCGCAGCAGCCAAAUCAGCAGCCAGCUCAGCCCUCACUUGCUAUGCCAGAUAUACCAAUUCCUUCUGGUGCAACAGAUCCUAAUUCGCAACCGAUACGUGCUGUCUCAGAUCAGCCAGCCCAGCCUUCAAUUGCACCUUUACCAAACAUUCCUACUAACGUACAAGCACCAGCAGCAGUUUCUAAUCCACCGAUACGUGCUGUCUCAGAUUUACCAAAUCAGAUUCCUUCAAACUUACCAAAUGUCAGUCCAAACGCUGUUCCUACACAAAUUGUACCCAAUCCUACCGCGGCACCAGCUCUUAAUUCACCACAAGCUGCAUCAAAUGCCAAUGCUGCACCAGCUGCGACUAAUAAUUCUCCACCAAAUACUCCACAGUUUACUGUAAUGCCUACUACUGCUGUUGUAACUAGUGUAGGAUCAACAGUUGCAACAGUAUUUAACAGUCAACAAUCUAGUUUGCAAGUGACAACAUUUAGUGUUACAAGUGUUUAUACUACUAGUUUUUUAGUUUCCAAACAAAUCGAAAGUCUUACUGGAACUUUUAAUUAUCCAAAAAAUACACCAACAAGCACAUCUGAUAAAGCAAAAGGUAAUAAUGAUGGUGAUGAUUCAUCAGAUAGUAGUCAUAUUAUAGGCCCAAUAUUAGGUGCAAUAACAGCUACUGCAUCAUUGGCUUUUAUUAUAGCCUUAGUUCUUAUUAGGCGAAAAAGAUGUACCUCAGGACACUAUAAACUUAAUGAUGAUUUUGAUUCAGGAGAAUUUAACGUGCAUGAUGAUGAUAUGCUUCAACCACCAGAAAUGGCACAUAUUGAUACAUAUAGCGAUAUUAUUGACCUUGGUUAUGGUAGCAGUAGUAGUAGUGAUGGUGGCACUGGUGCUGUUGGUAUGUUAAUUGAUGUACCGACACCGACUCCAUCUUAUGAUGGAAAAAGCAGAUUUACUGAAAGGUUCUGA